AUGAAAAAGAGUACGACGGAUGAAGAAUGUGAAGUAUUUGUUGCAUACUUUGGUACCGUAGAAAUCCGACGAGAUGUUACGAAAUCGCGAGUUGUCGUGCGAAAUUACCUUCUUAAAAGAAUAUCUCGGUUCCAGGUAGAUGGCACAAUCAAGGACAUAUCUCACACCCAUAAUUACAUUUUCGCUUUAGCACCGUCGGACCAUCUCCUUUACGCCCUCCGGCUAGAUUCAUUUUUCAUCUAUUGCCUCAAUUUGAAUGCCAUUUCGGAAAAUCCCAAAUUUGAGCAUCUCAUAUAUAUCACCGUGGAAACAGAAGCAAUGUGUAGAAGAGUGGAUUAUAAUGACGGCAAAAUACCAGAACUAGCCCAUUGCGAACUGCAACAAACUGAAGAAAGAAUUAAACCAAAUUUCAACAAAGUUGAGGAUUUUCUCAUUUGUGCCACAAGUCGUUCAUGUUUCUUGGCCAAAAAUACGGCUAGCAGUGAAUCAUCAGUGUAUCGAAUUUUCACGGACAACAAGAUUAAUGAUUUUCAACUAUUGCAAUUUGGAUCCGCUGAGUCCAUCCGACAACUUUCUGCUGGUAAUGAUCACAUAUUGAUUUUAACUAUAAAUGGCAUGGUUUAUAGUAUGGGUACAGGAAGCCGAGGUGAGCUUGGCCAUGGUAAGGUGGAAUGUGAGCAACAGCCGAAGUUAGUGGAAGGUUUGACACCUUUGACCGUGGUUCAGGUGGCAUGCGGUGGAUGGCACAGUAUAGCAUUAACCGAUGAUGGUGAUGUAUAUCUUUGGGGAUGGAAUAAAUGUGGACAGCUGGGUAAUUGCUGUGAAAUUGGGGAAAUUCUGGAUAUACCUGUACCGUUGGACAUCGACGAAAGUGUAAUCGGUAUUGCUGCCCGUGGAAAUGGUACUUGGUUAAAGCGAGCUGAUCAAUCUGUGCUCACUUUUGGUAGCGCUGCUGUGAUUUGA